AUGCAGUUUCUCACGGCUAAAACCGUGCUCUACGUGCGGCUCGCCGGUCUCACGUGCGUGUGUUUCUUCUUGCUCAAGAAGCCGCAGAUUUUGGUGAACGCCAACAUCACGGUGCUCUUGGGCCGGGCCAUGAACUUGCCCAUCGUGCAGGCGACGCCCAGCAACCCGCUUUUCGGCGUGUUGGCCGUGGCCAUCGCGCUGCUGGUUGUCGGCGACUUGGUCCCUGUGCUUGCGGACAACGUGGUGUACUUCGAGACGUUGGUGCCCACGCGGUUAUUGUUUUUCUUUGUGCUCGCCUCGUUCUGCUUGGUCAGCGACUAUGCCGUGGUGGCCAACAACUUGGUGUUCAGCUACCUGUUUUUGGAGAUCUGGUUGAACUUCUUGGUGUUCAACAACUUGCGCGAUGAGAAGUACUACCGUGCCAAGGAGUACCUUGAGACGCACGGCGCGGAGUUGCGGGAGAUGGCAGAUGCGCAGGUGAUGCCCAUUGGCGAAGACCGGUGA